GUGUCGCGGAGCUGAUCAGACACAGCCGUGAUUAUGAAUCAGUAUAAUGGAGAAAAAUGGAAAAACCACGGACGGAGAUUUCUGAGUACACCUACAGAGAUUUGGACUGGACGUAAACACGCCGCAGCCUUUUAAUCUCACUGCAGAGGUCGGAAUUUUCUGGAUAUAACGCAGUGAAGUUACAGGAAUCUUUGUCCCGGACUGAAGAAAGACAAGCGGGCCUGAAAUCACACAGACGUCGGCUGAAGUUGAGCUACGGGCUGCGCUAGCUAAGUUAGCUUUUAGCUUGCUGUGAAAUACCAAGUUUUUAAAUCCGCUGGGAAGUUAUCAUAUAAAGGGCAACGCGGCGCAGCAUGUGGCGUUGUGUGGCGCGGUAUAACGUGUUUUUAAAGAAUUACUGUUUUACGUGUCUGUGGUAACGUUAGCAGCAGUGAUAGUAGCUAAGCUAGCUGACUAGCUCUCUGACAGGGCUAGCUUGUUGUUCCCUUGCUAAGUUACCCAGAAAGCCUCUCUUUAAUAGGAACAAACCGACAGACUAACACUAUCCAGAUUUGGAAGGCUCUUUGCAUACUAGAAAAUAUAUCUCAGUAAAGAUAUCUGCUCGUAAAAUUAGCAAAGUGGCAAUUGCCAUCCAGCUUAUUAUAUAUACCAUUUCAGACAAUAAGCAUGUUCUUCCCUGCCAGAGUUAUCCCGUCCGGACAGAGGUUGAAUUACUCUUUGAUUUUUAUCUAUGCUUUUAAUCUUUAAAAGAUUAAUCUCGCAAAUAUAUAGGAAUUUUGGCUUUGGUUGUGGUUGUACAAUUUCUUUAUCUGCCAGACAUCAGCGGAAAACACAGUACUAACUGUUUUCAUUAGGCAAAGUUUUUAUUUUUUCCAGUGAGCACCACCCUUGGCCAAACUACCACAUUUCUUAUCUUUAACUUUAGCAAUAAGAAUGUAUUGCUUUUCAGAACCACACUUUUGGCACCCACCGUGUUAUUCAGGCAGGACAUUCCUGUGAGACUGUGGUUUGGUUUUAAGUCUGAAAAUUACCUACUUUCACCUAAUUUGGGAGCCUUAAAUUAAACAGGCAAAAUAAGGACUUUAAACCGGUGGAUCCCCAUUCAGCAAGUCCAUGGCAUCAUCUUUGUUUUGGAUCAAGUCAGAGCCGUAAUACACAAGGGGGUUGGUUGGUUACCCAUCUUUGUGUCAACAAGAGAAGUUUUCAGUCGCUCAUCUUCAGCCUCCGUUGUCCCUGGGCUCAGAUGUGAGACGUCAUGGGCAGCCAGGGAAGCCCGGUGAAAAGCUACGACUACCUGCUCAAGUUCCUCCUGGUCGGAGACAGCGAUGUGGGCAAAGGAGAGAUCCUGGAUAGCCUGCAGGAUGGAUCGGCUGAGUCCCCAUACGCUUACAGUAGCGGUAUCGACUAUAAAACCACCACCAUUCUUCUGGAUGGGAGAAGAGUGAAGCUGGAGCUUUGGGACACCUCGGGACAGGGGAGGUUCUGCACCAUCUUUCGCUCUUAUUCCCGCGGGGCUCAGGGGAUCCUGCUGGUGUACGAUAUCACCAACCGCUGGUCGUUUGAUGGCAUCGACAGGUGGAUCAGAGAGAUUGAUGAGCAUGCACCAGGUGUGCCCCGAAUCCUCGUAGGCAACCGGCUACAUCUGGCCUUCAAAAGGCAAGUUCCCACUGAGCAGGCCAGGGCGUACGCCGAGAAGAACGGCAUGACUUUCUUCGAGGUGAGCCCUCUGUGCAACUUCAACGUCAUCGAGUCCUUCACGGAGCUGUCACGCAUCGUCCUGAUGAGGCACGGCAUGGAGAAGUUCUGGAGGCCCAACAGAGUCUUCAGUCUCCAGGACCUCUGCUGCAGAGCCAUCGUGUCAUGCACGCCGGUCCACCUCAUCGACAAGCUCCCGCUGCCCGUCGCCAUCAAGUCCCACCUCAAAUCCUUCUCCAUGGCCAACGGCAUGAACGCCGUCAUGAUGCAUGGACGCUCCUACUCUCUGGCUAACCCAGCCGGCGGCUCCAAAGGCAACAGCCUGAAGCGCUCCAAGUCCAUCCGUCCACCGCAGAGCCCUCCGCAGAACUGCACACGCAACAACUGCAAAAUCUCCUAAUUAACACCGAGGGUUCGUAUAAGACAGUGAAUGACUAGGAUCAGGAGACGGAUGCACAGGAUGUGGUUAGCUGGAAGGAAAGAGCGCGUCCCUGAACCUGAAGAGCUGAAGAGCAGAAACCGAUGGAUAAAAGGAUGAAUGAGUCCUGCCUCUCACCUUCAUCAGAUCAUGUUAAAGGGCAUGAAGUACUUUCCAGGUGUGGGAGCUCGAAUGAUGCCUCAGGAUAUCAGAGGAGAAGAACAGCAACAAAGGUUUUGGUCUCUGCUGACCUGAUUCUCUCCAGAUCCAACCGCUUAAACGAGCGAGAAGGACUCCAGGUUCACUCUGCUGCUGGAGACGUAACUACAUGUACAGAAGUCCCUCACUAACUCGUAUUUAGCUACUCUACAGGAUGCACGUCACUCGCUGUGUGUGUGCAUCACACACAUCACCUCAACAUCAAGUCUUCACCUUUAUGUCACACGUUUAUUUCUUGCUUCUGUCUGUCUGGUUAGAAUUCCGUCUUCUUCGGUCCACACUUCCGUUUAUUUGCUAUUUAAUUGACCAAUAAGCUAAUGAUCACGACACUAGUAACCAGUCAGUCCUUAGUUGAUCAUUGCUAAUGCUCAGCUGGCUGUCGGUUGUGUUUGAACACUCAUUGUGCUUUGGAAGUUAAAAUGUUCUGUGGUCGGUCUGAGUAAGACAUGCUGAGGUGAAAUCUUGGUGACGAGAUGAGUGAAGGUUCCGGUCCAGUGCCGUAGUUGAAGCCGAGGCCUCGGGCCCGGACCUGUUAGUGUGCCGAGGCUAGCUUCAGCUUCCCAGAGGUUUUAGGUAAGAACAGUGAACAUGCAGCAAAUUACUGGAUUCACGCAGGUUCAGAUUUUAUUAUCACUCUGUGGUUUACAGAGAAGCUUUCUUCAACAGGGGAUCCAGAGAUGCUUGUUGCUAUGGAUACCGUUCACACACAUUAAAAAAACAUGACCUAUUUAAUGUCGCUCGAUCUUUUAUGAACUUCAUUUUUUAACUUGAUGCCAUUUGAAGAAAUUUUUCCACAAAAGUUAAACAUAAUGAACACGGAGAGAUUAACUUUACUGUCACUCCCUCCUUUCCUCUCUCCUCUCUCUCUCUCCCAUCUCUUUUCCUUCUGCUCUUCAUGUUUUCAGAUUUCACGCCUCACCUGUCAUGUCACACCUUAAAUGAACACAUGAACAGAAACAGCUGCCUCAUCGUGAUGCUCCACCCAAAAUCUGUGUUAAGUUUCCUCCUGUGUGCUUAGUGGUAUUCUGUUCAUAGUGUGUUUAGACACACUAUGUGUUUAAACACACACACACACACAGUUGCUGUACAAAUCCAUGUUUUCCUGUGGUAUGUGGCGUCCACACGGAGCCCCCAUCCCUCUCAUUUCUAGUUUGUACUAAUGUGUUUUCCAUACAUUCAUUUCAGCGUUAGACACGGAGCGAGCGUUAGACACGGAGCGAGCGUUAGACACGGAGGAGCGUUAGACACGGAGCGAGCGUUAGACACAGAGCGAGCGUGAGCCCUGAGGGAAGGCUGAAAACAGAAGCGUCUCCUGACGAUGGUGAGAGGGACUCUGAUGGUCUGAGGGGUGUGAACAGAAACCGGUCAGAGUAGCUGGACGGGAUCGUGUUGUGCACAGACAGAGGUUUUCAGGUGAAGUGAAAUAACCCGUGUGUUGAUUGUAAACAGCGACAGUGUUUAUCAGAGAACUGAUCUGUGAUCUGUGAAUGUCAGUCGUUCCCCUUCAUGACCAGCUGUUCACUUCCCACAGUUCUCACAACAGCUGCUGAUCGUUUCAAUGCAGAUGAUCAGUUCUUGAUUUCCUUCCUUCCACACAGCCACUGGUUUCAGUUCGCUGUGAAGAUCAAUCUGUACAGGUUUAAAACCUGAAAACCCAAAAUGAUCAACCAAAUUCUAAACAUCUCCCUCGUUCCAGCUUCCUCAUUUUAAAUCAUAUUUAUUCCUGUGAUAGAAAAUGUUCUGUCCUUUAUUAUUAAUAUAAGUUAUUAUAGCACGUUCCGUUUGGCUGCUGUGGCUGAGGGUAAUUCCAGUAUUCAUCGGCAGUGGAUAUUCUGGUUUUUAGUGUUUGGAUUCACACACAGUAGCUGCUGGUGUUGGUCUGUUCAGACCUGACCAGACUGAACGCGGAGUCGUGUCGUGUUGAAAUGAGCUCGAACAUGUGAACCCUUCCGAGUCGCUGCCUUUUUAACCGUCAUGCUUCUCGGUCUGGGUCUCCUACGGGACUGAAUGCAGCAUGUCUUCCCCUCUUUGCCUCUGAUCUGCUCCACCGCCUCCGCAUGCUGUCCCAUGAUUCAUAGCUGCUGAAUAAUACAUGCUCUUUUCAUAGAUCUCUGGAGGGCUUCAUCGGUACGCCCCGGCUCCGUCUCUCCUCGCUGCUUGUUCUUUGUCCUCAGCUUCUGAUUUCUGUCCCGUCUCCCUCACCCAUUAAAGAAAGAGCUGGACGAGCAGCAGGUUUUCACUCGUAACCUGUUUUUACUCCUCAGGUGUUGAGUGGCACUGCCCUCCCAGUUCUCUCACUUCAGUGUGUGGUUCAGUGUGAGUGUUGUGGACAGUCCAUCGGUCUUCCCUCGUCUCCGCCGUCUCUGUCUUAUCUCAGGGAGUCAUCUCUGCCUCCUGACAUGAAGCUGUGUUGACUCACGCAGUGAAUCUUUGUCGCUUCAGGGAAGAUUUCACUGAUUCAGAGUCAGAUUACUGCAGCAUCAAAGGACUGAAUCAGUGUUUUACUUGCUUUGGCUCCUUUCCUGUAAAUCAUUCGUUCUUCACAUCACUGGUUCUCAAACUUUUUUGUUUGUGACCCUUAAAAACAAAGCAGCGUCUGCACAUGUUCACUGGUUUUCAGUAUUUCACAAGAAUAAAAGUCGAAGUGUUGAUCCCUCAGAUUUAAACCUGCAGAAGACACUGGGUUGGUCCUGUAAGGAGACUGAAAAUGAACUGGUGUAACUGGCCAGAAGACCAUUUUACUCAGGCCUGCCAGUCCCUGUGUGUCCCACAGUCAGCAGAUGAGAAGGAGAUUUAGAAACGACAGACACACAACAUACAGCCCGUGUUGUCGUUUGUCGCCGUCAGUAUUUUAGGAAAGAAGCAGCGAUUCUCUAAAAUGAGCUGAAAAGGAAUUUAACUCGAGCUUGUUGCCAAGAUUUUUCACAGAGGUUUCCCUCUCUGCGUUGUUGUUGUUGUUGCUGCCGACUCAGAGCAUAUUAACCCUCACUGGGUGUGAUGAUAUUUUGUGUUGUGUUGUACAUCCAGCCUCUUUGUGUUCUGAGAUAACACGACCGUGUUCCUUCAGGUUUUGGUUCCACGUCCUCCUUUGUUUUCGUGUGAACUUCCUUCAGUGUUUGUUGAUUGUGUUUCUCCUGAGCUGAGUCUCCAUCUUGAAUUUCCAUGGACUUUUUUUAUACGAUGGAAAUGUUUGUACAGGCAGGUGGGAGAGUGAUUCAGGACCCUUCAGGGUGCCCUCUGAUAUCGCCUGCUGUGGGUGUGUUUGUGUAAAGGAGCAGACUGUUGUGCUGAUGAUGGAAAAAAAAACAACUUGUAAAACACUAUUCUUGUUUUUGGCUAAAGCUGCUGAGAAAUCUGAAGCGAGUGUGUGAGAGAGAGAAACAGUUUCUUCAAACACCAAGAUGAACAUUUUUCUUUUUUUAAAUUAUUGAUUGUACAGUUUGAGGCAAGGGUAUGAAGAGAAAGACUUUUUCACAAUAAAACUAUUGAAUGUUGGA